AUGUCCCGAUCGCUGCUCCAAACGGCACGAUCAUUCCAGCCCUCUUCUAGACCCCUCCCUCUCUCACGGGUAGCGUUCUCUAGUACACAUAGCGCCAACCACAUCCAGACCCGGAUGUCCUCGAUACCGCAGGGAGGCAACAAUGGUCCCCGGUUCAAGGAGUUUGACUUGGCAGACCGCGUCUACGCCAUCACUGGUGGUGGCCGAGGACUUGGACUGGCCAUGGGAGAGGCUCUGAUGGAAGCGGGCGCUAAAGUACACUGUCUGGACCGUCUGGACAACCCUCACCCCGACUUUCUGAAAGCGAAAGAGCACGCCGAGAAGGAGUACGGUGGCAGCAUUGAAUAUCACCAGAUUGAUGUUCGUAACGACGCAGAGGUCAACGAGGCCUUUGCCGAGAUUGCCGGCCAGAACAAGCGGUUGGAUGGCCUGAUCGCCGCCGCCGGAAUCAACCACCUUCAGAGUGCCCUUGAACACUCCCAGGUUGCUAUGAACGAAGUCAUGCAAAUCAACUACAACGGGGUUUUCAACUCCGCCACCGCCGCUGCGCGACAAAUGUUCAACUACCAGCAGAAGGGAUCCAUCCUCCUGAUCGCGAGCAUGAGCGGACUGAUUGCCAACAAGGGCAUGACCUCGCCCGUCUACAACUCCUCCAAGGCCGCCGUGAUCCAGCUGUCUCGCAGCUUGGCCAUGGAAUGGGGCCGCCACGGUAUUCGGGUCAACAACCUUUGCCCCGGUCACAUCAUCACGCCCAUGGUCGAGCAAGUGUUCCAGCAGAACCCCGCCGCCCGGGCCGUCUGGGAAGCCGAGAACAUGCUCGGUCGUCUGGCCUAUCCCGAGGAGUUCCGCGGUGCUGCCCUCUUCAGUAUGAGUGACGCCAGCAGCUUCAUGACCGGAAGCACCAUGGUCAUCGAUGGAGGUCACACCGCGUGGUAA